AUGAGGACACAUAUCAUUAGCAACCAGAUACUCUCUGAUCGAUAGGUACCUUCUCAGUAGCUGAGACCAUAAAGUGCUAAGAUAUAUGGCUAACGAGCAAUACCAUAUAACCCAUAAUAAUAAAUUUCUUAAGGGUAUUCUUCUAAUUAUGAAGUAGAAGAUCCUGAAACUCAAUCAAGUAGGGUGUUUAAGCCAAGUCCAAAAAUUGCAUACACUAAUAGAAGCGGAUCUGCAAAUAGAUCAGUACCAAAAAAGCCGAUUAUGAAUAAUUAUAAUGUCAACAACAAUAGCUCAUUUAAUAACGGAAAUGAAUUAGGUUAUACUGAAUAUAAUAAGCAUUUGCCUAAAUAGAUAUUUUAUGAUAAAGAAAAACUUUAUCAAGAAACCCUUUAGCUCAAAAGCAAAAUAAAUGAUGUUUCAUAAGAGAACUUGAAAUUAAAAACAAGAUUAAAUGCUUUAGAAAAAGAAACAGCAAAAAUGGAAAGGUUAAUUGAGGAAAUGGAGUUAAAUGGUACCUAUAAAAAUCAUUUCUCAAAAAAUUCAAAUGAUCAAGCUUAUCUUAUAGCCAAUUUAAAGAAAAACUUAAAAUAAAACAAAAUGGAGUUAGAAUUUAAGUAAGAAGAAAUAAAUAAAUUAAAAAAGAGUGUUAAAUUUACUAGAAUAUAAGAGCUUGAAGCUGAAAAAAAAGCAUUCUCCGAUGAGACAAUAAGAUUAAAACACCUUUUAGAUUAGGCUUUAUAUCAAAGAAUGAAUUUAAACAUUCCAGAUGGAGAAAUAAAAGCUGUAGAAGAAAAAUAUUAUUAGUAAAAUAAUCUCAUAACACAGCUAAGAAAAGAAAAUGCAGAAUUAGCUUAAGCUAUUAAAAAUCUUGAAGAUUAAAAUUAUCAUCUUUAACAAUCUUACUAGGAUGUAGAAAGAAAAAACUAAAAAGAAGUCUAAAUGCUUAAAAAAAUUUUGAAAGAAAAAGAGAAAGAGCUUAAUGAAUAAAGAGGAGACAUUGAUAAAUAUUAGUCAAGUCCAAACUAAAAGAAUUUUUCUAAAAAUAUUUCAUAGAAAAGAGAAGAAAAUAGCAAAAUGAAUUAGGAAAAUAAGAAUUUAAGGGAUUAAAUCAAUCAAAAGCAAAGAACUAUUGGAGAUUUAGAAAAAAAAAUGUAAGAAACCUAAUUACAGUACAGAGAUUUACUAGACAAAGAGAAAGAUGAGAAUAAUGUGUUGAAAUAAGAAUUAGAAAAAGAAUUAAAAUUAAACUAAAAUUUGAGAGAAAGACUUAAAGCUUCUGAAAAGAAUAAAAAUGAGUCUUAUUUGCUAUAAGAUAAUCCUGUUGAUUUUACUUCUAAAAAGCUUUAAGAGAGAACCCUUCCUUCUCAUAUUAAAGCUAAACAUGUAGAGAAGGAACAAAAUUAAGAAAAAAAAGAAUCUAAAAAAAGGGUAGAAAUCGUUACUCUUGAGGUAAUUAAAGAAACAGGAGAGGAACUAAACUAUCGUUUUAGAUCUUAAGGUUUAGAUUGGGAUGAAAUUAUCUCAAUUAUAUUCCCUAACAUAGACGAAGAAAGUGAUAUACCUACUUUGAAGAAAAUAGUUCAAGAAGAACCCUUUAAUAUUAAAGAUGAAAAAAUGAGUGAAUUUAUUUCUAGAUAUUGUAUAGAAAAUAAUACCUUUGGAAAUUGGAUGUUUUUAGAUUUAAGCAAAAAAUGCAGCAAUCACAUCAUUAAAAGUAUUUUAAGGUAGAUAGUAGGUCCUUAUAGAUUGCUAACUUAAGAAGAAUCAUAAAAAAUGUUUGACCAUAUCACUGAUGUUAUAACAGCUAAGAAAGCUCCUUUAAAUGGAUUUAUGAAGGAGAAAGGAUACAAGAGAGGCUAUCUCAAAAAGGAAGAAAUUAUUGAGGUUUUCACUAUGUGUGAGGCUGACUUAAAUAAAGAUCAAAUAGAUUACAUAAUUACAAGCAUAAUAGUUCAUUCAGAAGAUCUCCAGAAGCUUUAAUAUUAAAAAAUAUUUGAUAUAUUUUAGCCUAAUUAAGAGCCACCUCAAUACUGCAUAUACAAUAAAUAAAACAUGGAUAAUCUCUAUAAAUUAAAAAACAAAGGAAAUAUAAAAAAUUAACAAGACGAUGAAGAGAGUGACGACGAUUUUAAGGACCUGACUGAAGCUGAAAGAGACGCUAUGCGUAGACACGAUGAAUUAGUUGCAAAUUAAAAUAACACAGAUGAAUAGGCAGGUAUAUAAAAUAAACAUGAUCAUAAUUAGGAUUUCUAACAAAAGUCUCAUUAAUUUGAGCACACUGAAACUAAUAGUUAGAAGCUAUAACAAAAAUCAGAAUUUUUGGAUUAGCCGUCUAAGCAUAAAAAUGAUAAUUAUAAUUAAGCUUCUAGCUCUAAGAUGUCAUAAAAUCACAAUGAUUUGAAAGAAAAUAGCUAACAUUUAUAAAAAAUAGAUAAUAACAAUUAAUUUUAGUCUAAUUAAUCUUCAAAGCAAAAUGGAAGUGAUCCUCUUCUAGAAUCAAAGGGAUAUUAAGACGGAGAUAAUAAUUACUAUGAAGACGAGGAGCAAGAUGACUAUGAAGAAUUAAAUUAGCACAAUGAAAUAAAGUAAGAAGACAUAUCUGAUGCACAUAUUGAAAUAUGA